GGAGUGACCCGGCUGGAUGUGACCCCCAGGACAGAAUGGUGCUGGACUCAGGGGCUCAAGUGUAUGAACAGGCACCCCCCAGCCCACCAACCAGUCCCUCAUCCUUGGGCCAUAGGCUGAAGCCCUCAGACCGAGAUGGGACACUGCUGUACCCCUGGCCUCAGUCCCUGGCCUUGCCCCUGGCUCUGUCAAUCCCCUCAGCCCUGCGGCCCCAGCCUGAGCUGCAGCCCUUCUCAGAGCUGCACGUGGGCCCCCGUGGCCACAUGCGUCGCAGUGAGAGCACCUAUACUGUAAAUAGUACUGGCCGGCGGGGGGGUGGCACCCAGGGUCGGGGCCCACCUGGACGGGGACGGGACCCAGGCGGGGGCACCCUGCGGUCUGCAGCCUCCCUGCCUCACAUUGCUAAGACUCGAAAGGAUGCGGGCCAUGGUGCCAGCAAGAGCCCUUGCAUGUUGGUGGCCUUGAGGCCAACCAAUAUGGACCGAGAGCGGGACAAGUUCUUCCAGUCCCACUACACCUACAACCCACAGUUCGAGUACCAGGAGCCCAUGCCCACGGCUGUGCUGGAGAAGUACUGUGAGGCUUCUGGACAGUUCAUCCAUCAGGCAGUUGGCAUCAUUGAGGCUGUCCUGGAGAAGUUUGGUACCUAUGAACACUUUGAAGCUGCAACGGGGGGCCAGCUGCUGACCAAGUGCCAGAUCUGGUCCAUUGUUCGCAAAUACAUGCAGAAGGAGGGCUGUGUUGGGGAGGUUGUGGUGCAGCUGAGUGAAGACCUGCUGUCCCAGGCAGUGAUGAUGGUGGAGAACAGCCGACCAACAUUGGCCAUCAACCUGACUGGAGCCCGCCAGUAUUGGUUGGAGGGCAUGCUGCGGCACGAGAUAGGCACUCACUACCUGCGGGGCGUGAACAACGCGCGGCAGCCGUGGCACAGCGCCGAGGGCCGGCUGCAGUACGGGCUGCGGCCGGCGAACCCCACGGAGGAGGGCUUGGCCAGCCUGCACAGCGUGCUGUUCCGCAAGCAGCCCUUUCUGUGGCGCGCCGCACUGCUCUACUACACCAUCCAUCGCGCCUCGCGCAUGUCCUUCCGCCAGCUCUUCCAGGACCUGGCGCGCUACGUGCAGGACGCCGACGUGCGCUGGGAGUACUGCGUGCGCGCCAAGCGGGGCCAGACUGACACCUCGCUGCCCGGCUGCUUCAGCAAGGAUCAGGUGUACCUGGAUGGCAUCGUGCGCAUUCUGCGGCACCGCCAGACCAUCGAUUUCCCAUUGCUGACCUCACUGGGCAAGGUGUCCUAUGAGGAUGUAGACCACCUGCGGCCCCAUGGGGUGCUGGACAAUACCCGGGUGCCCCACUUCAUGCAAGACUUGGCACGCUACCGGCAGCAGCUGGAGCACAUCAUGGCCACCAACCGGCUGGAUGAGGCAGAGCUGGGCCGCCUGCUGCCUGACUGAUGCCGGUUGAGGGCCACAGGCAGAGGCCCUGGACAAGGGCUCCAGAUCAGCUCCCAGAACAUGAAGCUGACUGUUCUGUGCUUCCAUGGCCUGGGUGUUUCUUGGGGAAUUGGGAGGGCAGGAGCAUCCCAGGAGGUAGGAGUGGCAACAUCAGAGGCUUUGUGUCCCUUGCUACCCUCUCUGGGGCCCAGGGAACAACAGUAGCAUGCCAAGCAAACUGAGUCUGCCCUCCUACCUCUAGCUCUUUGUUGAGCAGAGGGGAAGCCUGGGGGCAGGAGGG